AAUUGUAUUUUAGAAUAUUUGAGGAAUUAUUACAACUCAACAAUAAAAAGACAAAUAACCAGAUUUUUUAAAUGAGCAAAGACUUGGAAUACAUAUUUAUCAAAAAGAUAUGCAGAUGGCCAGUACGCACAUAAAGAUGUUCAGCAUCAUUGGGGAAAUGGAGAUCAAAAUCAAAAUGACACACCACUUCAAACCCACUAGGAUGAAUUUAAUCCAGAAGAUGACAAGGAUGUGGAAAAAGUGGAACUUUGAUAUAUCUAUGGUGAAAUUGUAAGACGAUGCAGCUGCUUUGAAAAACAGUUUGGCAGUUCCUCAAAAUGGUAAACAUAGAGUUAACAUACGACCCAGCCAUUCCAUUCCCAGGUAUAUAUAUCUAAGAGAAAUGAAACAUACCUCCACACAAAACCAUGUACGUAAAUGUUCUUAGUAGCAUUAUUCAUAGUAACAAUAUGUGGAAACAAUGCAAAUGUCCAUGAACUGAUGAAUGGGAAAAAGGUGGUAUAUCCAUACAAUGAAACAUUAUUUAGCAAUGUAAAGGAGUAAGUACUGACCCAUGCUGCAACAUAUGUGAGCCUUGAAACGUUAUGCGGUAUGAGAGAAGCCCAUCACAAAAAACCACAUACUGUAUAAUUCCAUUUAUAUGAAGUGACUAGAAGCAUAUUUGUAGAUACAGAAAGUAAAUAGCAGUUGCUGGGAUCUGGGUGAACAAGAUUGUAAAGUGAUUGCUAAUGGUUGUGGGGUUUUGGUUUUUGAGUAAUGAGAAUAUUCUAAAAUCAGGUGACGGUAAUGUUUGUACAUCUCCGUGAAUAUAAUAAAAGCCACUCAGUUGUACUGUUAAAAGGAUAAAUUUAUGGAAUGUGAGUUAUAUGUCAAUGAAGCUGUUAUGAAAAGAAACAGAUAAAAGGAAGAUUUUAUAGCUGGUAGGGGCAGAGAGUGGUUAAAUUCACAGACCUGUUUGCUGGUCAAGUAAGUGUUUAUGUGUAUAAAGAAUCUAGCACAUAGUAUGUGCUCUAUGGAAUUAUUUGUUGUACAGACACUCUCAAGUCAUCCUUAGCCUUACAUUUAGAGGCAGAAUGAUGUUACACAGGAUAACAAGGGCAUAUUGCCUCCAGAGUUCCUGAAUUCACCUGAGGCCGUGAUUUGAUGAAACAGGCUGUUUUCUGUUAAAGGUUGCUUUGGAUUUAUUCCUUGGUUACUUGAUGAGUCUAGUGUGACUUCACGUGGCCUGGAUGAAGCCUACACUAUGGACUCUAAAUGCCUUUUGCUCCUGGAAUGUGAGAAUGAGCCAGGGAGGCACCCUGAGGUAUUUAGUGUGUUGGGCCUGGGGAAAAAAGGCAGAUCUUAGUUGUAGGAAGUGUUUGUUCCAGGAUUUGGCUUACAAGAGCACUUCCAAGGGCCCCAUCAAUGUCCUUGAAGCUGGUACGACUUGAAUAUGUUUUGGAUCAGGGUCCCCUCAUCUGUAAAAGCUGAACCACUCAGGACAGGUCGGAGAAACCCUAACAUCAUAGGAAUUGGGUACUGCUUUAGCAUAAAUUAAUUCUGUAUCUGUUUUUGGAGAUUGGAGAAGGGAUGUGAUUGUCUAGAUUUCUUCAAAUCUCAGUAUAUAUAUUGUGCCAUGGAAGGGACCACGUGCCAUGAAAAGAGAAGGAAAUAUUUAUCUUACCUUAAGUCAUUUAGAACCAGGCCUGCUCUCAUGGUUUCCUUUUUCUUUCCUGACUUUAUGUUAUCAGGACUCUGCAUUUCUACACAAGAAGAAGCCAGAGGAGGACUAAUAAAUUGCCAUUCUAAACCAUGCCCCAUAGGUUGGUGUUAUUCAAGGAUGUGGCCAUAGACUUCUCUCGGGAAGAGUGGGAGUGCCUAGACUUGGAACAGAAAGAUUUGUACAGAGACGUGAUGUUGGAGAACUACAACAACUUGGUCUCACUGGCAGGAAUUUCCAUUUCUAAGCCAGAUGUGCUUUCCUUACUGGAGCAAGGGAAAGAACCUUGGAAGGUUGUGCAGGAUGAGACAAGAGGUCAGAGUCCUGACUGGGAGUCCAGGUGUGAAACCAAGAAGCUAUCUUCAAAAAGAGAAAUUUAUGAACUAGAAGCAUCUCAGUGGGAGAUAAUAGAACAAUUUACAGGCCAUAAGUGUGACUGCAGAAGUUUUCAAGAUGAUAGGGAAUGCAGAGACCAGUUUGAAAGCCAAUCAGGAAAUAAAGAGGGACUUUUUGGGCAACUAGCAAUCUAUGAAGAAAUGCCUAAUUUUAGUCAGACCACAUCCCUUACAUUACAACAGAGAAUUCAUUCUACUGGGAAAUGGUAUGAAUGUAAAGCAUGCAGAAAAUAUUUUGUCCAAGGCUUUCAACAGGCUGAACAUCAGAAGACUCAUUCUGGUGAAAAAUUCUUUGAGUGUAAAGAAUGUGGAAAGGCCUUUGUUCAGGGCUCACAGCUCACUUACCAUCCGAGAAUUCAUGUUGCUAAGAAAUCCUAUGAAUGUAAGGAAUGUGGAAAAGCCUUUAUUUGUGCUUCGCAACUUACUUAUCAUCAGAGAAUUCAUACCGGAGAGAAACCUUAUGAAUGUAGAGAAUGUGGGAAGGCCUUCAUUCGUAGCUCUCAUCUUACUCAGCAUCAAAGAAUUCAUACUGGUGAAAGACCCUAUGAAUGUGAGGAGUGUGGGAAGGCCUUUUUUCGUGGCUCACAACUAACUUACCAUCAGAGAGUUCAUACUGCAGAGAAACCCUAUCAAUGUAAGGAAUGUGGAAAGGCCUUUAUUCGUGGCUCUCAACUUACUGAACAUCAGAGAAUUCAUACUGGUGAGAAACCCUAUCAGUGUAAGAAAUGUGGGAAGGCGUUUAGUUAUGGUUCACAGCUUACUCUACAUCAUAGACUUCAUACUGGUGAAAAACCCUAUAAAUGUAAAGUUUGUGACAUGUCCUUUAUUCGUGGCUCACAACUUACUGAACAUCAGAGGAUCCAUAUAGGUAAGAAACCACAUGAAUGUAAGCAGUGUGGAAAGGACUUUAACUAUGGUUCACAGCUUAUUCGACAUCAGAGGAUCCAUACUGGUGAGAAACCCUAUGAAUGUCAGGAAUGUAGGAAAUCAUUUAUUCGUGGCUCACAACUUACUGAACAUCAAAAAAUUCACACUGGUGAAAAACCCUUUGAAUGUAAGGAAUGUGGGAAAGCCUUUAUUCGUGGCUCACAUCUUACUCAGCAUCAGAGAAUUCAUACUGGUGAAAAACCCUAUGAAUGUAAAGAGUGUGGGAAGGCAUUUAUAUAUGGUUCGCAACUGUCUCAACAUCAAAGAAUUCAUACAGGUGAGAAUCCCUAUGAAUGUAAGAAGUGUGGGAUGAUCUUUAUUUGUGCCUCACAACUUAAUCUACAUCAUAUUUUUCACACUGGUAGGAAACCAUAUGAAUGUAAGGAAUGUGGUAAAACUUUUAUUCGUGGCUCACAGCUAACUUAUCAUCAGAGAGUUCAUACUGGUGAGAAGCCUUAUGAGUGUAAUGAAUGUGGGAAGGCCUUUAUUCGUGGUUCACAUCUUACUCAGCAUCAGAGAAUUCAUACUGGUGAGAAACCAUACAAAUGUAAUGAAUGUGAGAAGGCCUUUAAUCGUGGAUCACAACUUACUCAACAUCAGAGAAUUCAUUCUGGUGAGAAGCCUUUUAAAUGUAAUGAAUGUGGUAAGGACUUUAGACGUCAUUCACACCUUACUCAACAUCAGAAGUGUCAUUCUACUGAGAAACCUUAUAAAUGUAAGGAAUGUGGGAAGGCCUUUAGACGAGCCUCUCACCUAACUCAGCAUCAGAGUAUUCAUACUGGUGAAAAACCCUAUGAAUGUAAGCAGUGUGGGAAGGCUUUUAGUCGUGAUUCACAACUCAGUCUUCAUCAGAGACUUCAUACUGGUGAGAAACCCUAUGCAUGCAAGGAAUGUGGGAAGGCCUUUACUCAGAGCUCACAACUUAUUUUACAUCAUAGGAUUCAUACUGGUGAAAAACCGUAUAAAUGUGAAGAAUGUGGGAAAGCAUUUAUUCGUAGCUCACAACUCACUCGACAUCAAAAAGUCCAUACUGGGGAGAAACCUUUUGAAUGCAAAGAAUGUGGGAAGGCCUUUACUCAGAACUCACAACUUACUCUCCACCAGAGGCUUCAUACUGGUGAGAAACUCUAUGAAUGUAAAGAAUGUAGAAAGGUCUUUACACAGCUCUCACAACUUAUUCUUCAUAAGAGAAUUCAUACCGGUGAAAAACCCUAUGAAUGUAAGGAAUGUGGCAAAGCUUUUAUUUGUGGCUCACAGCUUUCUCAGCAUCAGAAAAUUCAUAAUGGGGAGAAGCCAUAUGAAUGUAAGGAAUGUGGAAAGGCCUUUAUUCGUGGCUCAUUACUUAUGCAACAUCAGAGGAUUCACACUGGUGAAAAACCCUAUAAAUGUGAAGAAUGUGGGAAGGCCUUUAUCCGUGGCUCACAGCUUACUCAACACCAGAGAAUUCAUACCAAUGAGAAGCCCUAUGAAUGUAAGGAAUGUGGAAAGACUUUUAGUCAUGGCUCACAACUUACUCAACAUCAAAGAAUUCAUACUGGUGAGAAGCCCUAUCAGUGUAAGGAAUGUGGAAAGGCCUUUAAUCGUGGGUCCCUCCUUACUCGACAUCAAAGGAUUCAUACUGGCGAAAAACCCUAUGAAUGUAAAGAAUGUGGAAAAACUUUUAGUCGUGGCUCAGAACUUACUCAACAUGAAAGAAUUCACACUGGUGAGAAACCCUAUGAAUGUAAGGAAUGUGGGAAGUCUUUUAUUCGUGGCUCACAGCUUACUCAACACCAGAGAAUUCAUACUGGUGAGAAACCCUAUGAAUGUAAAGAAUGUAGAAUGGCCUUUACUCAGAGUUCACAUCUUUCUCAACAUCAGAGACUUCAUACUGGUGAGAAACCCUAUAUAUGUAAUGAAUGUGGGAAGGCCUUUGCUCGUGGCUUACUACUUAUACAGCAUCAGAGAAUUCACACAGGUGAGAAACCAUAUCAGUGUAAGGAAUGCGGGAAGGCCUUUAUUCGUGGUUCACAGCUUACUCAACAUCAGCGAAUUCACACUGGAGAAAAACCCUAUGAAUGCAAGGAAUGUGGGAAGGCCUUUAGUCACAGUUCUCAACUUACUUUACAUCAGAGAAUCCAUACUGGUGAGAAACCCUAUGAAUGCAAAGAGUGUAGAAAAGCCUUUACUCAGAGCUCACAUCUAUCUCGACAUCAGAGAGUCCAUACUGGUGAGAAACCAUAUCAGUGUAAGGAAUGUGGGAAGGCCUUUACUCGUGGUUCACAACUAACUCAACAUCAAAGAAUUCAUAUCAGUGAGAAAUCGUUUGAAUAUAAGCAAUGUGGGAUAGAUUUCAGUCAUGGAUCACAAGUUUAUAUAUGAAUGAUCUAAUUAUUUUGAAUAAUACAGCCUUCUUUGGUCAUUAAUCCAUUUUCAUCAGAAUUCUUAAAAUGUGUAAUAUGGAAACACAUUUACUUCAUAAAGUUCAGCAUCAGUGAAUUUGUAUGGGGGAAGAUAAUGAUAAUGAAAUCCAAGUAGAAAGACCUAUUAAACUAUAGCAAAUUAUAAUACCGACUAAUUGUGUUAAUGUAAAUGUAGAAAUACGUUUAGUCAUAGCACUUGUCUUUUUCAACAUUAUCUCGACUCUUCUAGUUCCUUUCAAUUGUGACAUUUAUCGUGAUAGUUAACCUCUACUUCAGGUUAAUUAAUUGUCGGGUAGACCUAAGCAUAAUACCUUCCUUAUAAGAUUCUUGGAAGUAUUAUGUAAGUUGUUACAUGUAAAAUUCUUAGAACAGUGCCUUCAACAUAGCAUAUCAUAAAUAUAGCUAUCAUGAUUAUUCAUGUUAUUUUAGAGAAUUUGCAUGAGAGAAGGACAUUUAUUAGUAUAAUGAAUACUGAAUCUUUCAUUAACACUUAACCCUAAUUAUUUGAGUGGGGUGCACCGUAUGCUGUCAUGAGUAUGAGAAAACUUUCAUUCACAUCUCAUCCUGUAUACUGUAAGAAGAAGUUCAUAGUGUUAAAAAAAAAUGCUGUAGAGUUAAGCAAUGGAUUACUGAUGAGGUAUGAAGUGAACUGUAACAAAGAACAAAAACUCAUAUUUUCUACCAUCUCUGCAAUUCAAGAAUAUUACUUAGAAAUGAAAAAAAGAAUAGCCAAAAUAAGUCUUUCUAGUAGGAAAUUUUUUUUAAACUUGAAUGAAUUAAACUUUUGAAUUAAACUAAAAAAUAAAAACUGACAUAGACUAUUUUGCAAUGAAAAAUGAUGAGAAGCUGUGUCGGAGACUGCUAUUUUCCUACCCAAUAUCCAUUUUCCCUUCUUCAGUAACAGAAUUCUUGGCUGAAGAACUCUCUGAGCAUCCCUUACAGGUCAGCAAGAUGAAAGUGGCUGGUAUUUUUAUGCACUGAUCGUUUAAGAAAUCCUUUUUUUCCUCUCUGCACUUUUUUGUUUCCCUGCCUACAUUGUGGACAUUUAAUCUGCAACUCUGGCAAUUUUAUGGGGACUUUGAGAAUGAUACCUGAGUAUUAAGGGUGAUGGAGUGGAAAUACAGAGUAAGUCUAUACUUAACGCUGAUUUUAUGGAACAGCCAUACCAACUCUGGUCUGCCCACCUCCUGUAUUUCUUUAUAUAAAAUUAAACUUAUUUGUUGA